CCCUCUUUUCUUUAAAGUUUGAGCUGCACACCUACAAUCCAAAAGGACGCAGACGUGUGUUUGAGCUUGGAAUCUAUAUGUAUCUAUAUCUUAUGGAAUAAUUUUAUCACUAUACAGGUGCAGUGUGUAGCCAUGGCUGCAAGGGUGGAGGCAACCACAAGGGAAAUGGGCCAAUCGCUCAUCAACCCAGACAAACCUUCAGUUUCCGCCUCUGCACUCCCUGGAGACACUGGGAAGCCAGCGUUGGGCCCAAAACCCCACCUCAUGCCUAAACCAUUUGCCUUGCAAAGGAACGCCACCGUCCACCCAAUCCGGGCCCCAAAAAACAACUUUAGCAGAGAGCUCCAUCGAGCUGCCUCUUCUGAAGCACUUUUGGAUAUCAAAAAACCUGGUGCUGGUGGUCCAAAUCUAUCAGAAUCCCAAAAAUCAGGUUCAAAUGGCACCGUAAAUGGGUCUAAUCAAAUUGCAGCUCCUAAACCUGUCCCACUCGGCCCAAAACCUGACUUAUUGGCUAAGCCUAAACCAGAACCCACUAAGAGUCCUGGUUCUAAUAACCAAACUGGUCCAAACUCAAAGCCUGCUGUGAACGCUGAAGAUUUGAAGGACGUUCAGCCCAGGAGCAGAGCAAAAUCUUUGGGUUCUCAGGAUCAAAAGAUUCUCAAUCAGAAGGACCGAGGAGAAGCAGCCAAGACUGAAGCAGACGUCAAAGUGCCAUCACGAUGCUGGCCACCUCGAAAUCGUCUCUCCGUUGAGCUGACCUCCAAGUUCGAGUCAGCGUCUCGACCCGAGAAGGAGAUGAGGAGAGACGCUGAAACCAGCAAGACGGAGAAAGAGUGGCCGCCACAUUCUCCUUCUGAGUCCAAGCCUUCGAAGCUUCCAGUGGAUAAAGGAGAGAUGGGAGACGAGGACGUCAGCGGAGGCAGCAUUAAGAGAAGGAUCAGCCUUCUCUUCGAUCGAUCUACAGCAGCUCAGCACAGGGACACUUUCAACAAAAGAGACAAUCCAGCUGCUGAAAUAUCUGUUGAUAUUAAACAGAGAAUCCAGAAUCUGAGCUUGGACGUGCCCAGGACACGCUUGCCAUCCACUGGUGGUCCUAAAAGUCCACCAUCCGAGAAGACACUAAGCACCUCAGAUGAGACUCCAAGUGAGAGAUCAUCUGAAAAACCUGCAGCGACAGAGAAGGUGCCUGUAAGUACAGCAGAAAUCAAGAACUCUGCUGCUAGUGUGGACAGUGUAGAAGAAGAGGAAGACCACGAAGAUGAAGAGGAGGACUAUGUCCCUGUUCCCGUUUACCAAAGGGUUGGGAUGAGCCUCGAUGUGGAGACAAAGAGAAGGGAAGAAGAAGAAAAACAGAGAAAAGAUGAGCAGUUAGAGAAAGAAAGACAACAGCGGGAAAGGGAAAGACUUUUGGAGGAGGAGAGGAAGGCAAGAGAAAUAGAGAGACAGAAAGAGGAGGAACGGAAACGAGCAGAAGAAGAGAGAAAACAGGAAGAGGAAAAGCAAAGACAGAUGGAAGAAAGGAGAAAGCAAGAAGAAGAACGAAAGAGAAGAAUUGAAGAAGCAAGAAAAGAGGAGGAGAGGAGGAGGCAAGCCGAAAGAGAGAGAGAGAGACAGAUUGAAGAGGAGAAGAGAAGGAUUGAAGAAGAAAAAGAGAGACUGAGAGAAGAAGAAAGAGUCAAGAAAGAGAGAGAAAUGGAAGAAGAGAGGAGAAGAAUUCAGGAGUUGGAGAGACAGAGAGCGGAGGAAAGAUUGAGACAAGAACGAGAAAAUGUAGAGAGGUUAAAGAAAGAGAGAGAAAUGGAGGAAAGAAAACGAAUGGAAGAGGAGAGACAGAGAGAAGAAGAAAGACUGAGACGGGAACAAGAAAAGGAGAGACUAAAGAAAGAAAAAGAGAUGGAAGAAGAGAGGAGAAGAAUUCAGGAGUUGGAGAGACAGAAAGAAGAGGAAAGAUUGAGACAAGAACGAGAAAAAGAAGAGAGGUUAAAGAAACAGCGAGAAAUGGAAGAAAGAAAACAAAUGGAAGAAGAGAGACUGAAAGAAGAGGAAAUAUUGAGACAAGAACGAGAAAUGGAGAGAAUACGGAAAGAAAAAGAAAUGGAAGAAGAGAGACAAAGAAUUCAAGAGAUUGAAAGACAGAAAGAGGAGGAAAGAUUAAGAAAAGAACGAGAAUUAGAGAGAAUCAGGAAAGAAAAAGAAAUGGAAGAAGAGAGACAAAGAAUUCAAAGACAGAAAGAGGAGGAAAGAUUGAGACAAGAACGAGAAAUAGAGAGACUGCGUAAAGAGAGAGAAAUUGAAGAAAGAAAACGAAUGGAAGAGGAGAGACAGAGAGAAGAAGAAAGACUGAGACAGGAAAGAGAAAGAGAGAGACUAAAGAAAGAAAAAGAGAUGGAAGAAGAGAGGAGAAGAAUUCAGGAAUUGGAGAGACAGAAAGAAGAGGAAAGACUGAGAAAAGAACGAGAAUUAGAGAGAAUAAGGAAAGAGAAAGAGAUGGAAGAAGAAAGGAGAAGAAUUCAGGAAUUGGAGAGACAAAAAGAGGAGGAAAGACUGAGAAAAGAACAAGAAUUAGAGAGUUUAAAGAAAGAAAAAGAGAUAGAAGAAGAGAGAAGAAGAACUCAAGAGAUUGAAAGACAAAUAGAGGCGGAAAGAUUGAGAAAAGAACAAGAACUAGAGAGAAUAAGGAAAGAAAAAGAGAUGGAAGAAGAGAGGAGAAGAACUCAAGCGAUUGAAAGACAGAAAGAAGAACAAAAACGGAGACAGGAACGAGAACAUGAGAUGGCGAUGGAAACGUGUGAAGCAGCUGAGAGAUCAGGAGAGAAAGUUUCCACGAGUUAUGAUUUAAUAUCGUUUGACGCGGAGGAGCCGGCGGCGUCACAGACUCUGGUCUCCACCGUCCAGCUCGCGGACGUCUCGCCUCGGCUCGCACAAGUGACUUACGAUGACUUUUCAGUGAAACCCCGAAGAUGGGGAACUAGGGCGAGACGUUCCUCGACUCCGUCUCCAACCAGAGAAACUCCUGCUGCUCCUGACCACAGUCUACAGCCAGAAUCAAAGUCCAGUCAUCCUGGACCCCAAGAACCAAGCGGAGAUCAGGUGUCUGUGCAUGAUCUGAUCGGAUUUGAACCUGAAGCUUCCAGUCCACACAACUCUACAGAAAGCAGAAUGCACACAUAUUUAUUUGAGGUGGAAACUGAGUCCAAACCAGGGGAUCUGCUGGAGCCAGAAACUGAUGAGGGUCAGUUGAAGGACGAUGAACCCGAGGAGGACACAGAGAAUCUCAUCUGGGAAACUGACGAACAAACUGAAAACAAUGACACUGUUGAUGAUCCCGCUACACAGAUCAGAAUCAAUCAAGCUUUGCAGAGACUGACUCAGGCCAGACGACGAAAUACAUCUACUGAUUCAGAUACAGCAGACGUUCAGGUUCAGGAGGAGCUCGAACCGCUACCGGUUCUUGAGUCUGCAGCUCCUCUGUUGGACUCCAGCGUUUUCCGUUCGAAGGUUGAUCUGGGAAAGAAACGGAGCAUAAAGCGCACCAGACCGUCACGUGCCGUCCGACAGAAAGCCGCCCUGCCCGCUCUGACAGAGGGAACGCAACCCGACUGGAGGUUCUGCGACUCCACAGAUGCGAAAGAUCAGUGUUCCAAUGGAGCGGACUCUGAAUCAGAAGAGGAACCAUCCCGGGACGUCACGUCCUCUCCAGCCCCAAGCCAGUCCAAGAGAGUCCCUGUGUUUCCUGGGAUGGACCCUUCUGCCCUCAUGGCCCAGCUAAAGCGGAGAAGUGCAGCGAUAGAAACAGAAAGUCCAACAGAAGCACAGACGCCUCCAUCUGUCCCCUCACGCUCACCCCGCACACCCACCAUGGCCCUCGGCCCCAGAGUGCUGCCCCCUGUUGACGCCAAGGACAGUGGGUCCCGCUCUUCACCCUCCUGGCUGCUUGAGCUCAAAUCCAAGAAGCGAAUGAGUCAACCUGAGAGUGAAGCGUGAAGCUCAGGUCUGAUGCGGUUUGUUGAGAGGAAGUCCUCUGCCACAAAGAUGCCAAAGGAACUGACUUACAUGAAUGAUCUUUCAUUCUCAUACUGACUGAGUAUCACACUACUUUGGGGACGAGUCCUGGACUGAACUGUUUGGAGGCUUUGCCAAGAUAACAUCCUCUUACGCACAUUUUUAUUUUUACAUGAAAGUCUGUCAUAAUUGUUUGGCAGCAUUAGAGAUGGUGUGCUUGAAAAGCAAGUGCUGUUUACUGUCAGUCUUGAACCAAGUUAAUUUUACAGUUAUUUAAUUUUGUUUACAUUCAUGAAUCCAACAGAUCUUUUUAUCCAAAGUGAGUUUGAUUUAUCCAUCAAUCAGGGGCCUAAUGCGCGUAUCUUCUGUUCAUCUCUGAUCGUGGAGAAACAAUGCUACAAUGCACUUUAAAUGAGUUGGAUCACUGGAAAAGGUGCCUUAGGGCUCUUAGGCAUUUUAUUGCAUUUGAGGUUUUUUAAAAUCAGAAUCUAAAUAUUGUGUUUCUUAAACUUUGUUUAAAAAAGUCUGAUCUUAAGAUGUUCAUUGCUAUAUGAAACUACUUUUUCUUUCUCUAAAUUGUUUUUGUUCUGUUUACAACAUGUGCCAUUCCUUUUAGACCAGCUUAUAAACAUCAUUUGAUUUUGUUCACUUCUUUUCUAUUUUUAAUCUUUUCUUUUCCAUAUUUUUCUUUUAUUAAAGCUAUAGUGAGCAGAAAAGCAUCAGCUGAUGUGAUUGGAUUGGGCUGAUUAUCAUUUAUGAGGUUUUGUUUUAUUGCCAGUGCCUUUACUGUCCUGCCAAGAACACUUUUACAAACACAAAUCUGACUUAUAAUGUAUGAUAAUAAGAUGUGUUUAAUUGAGCUCUUUUGAAAUGUUUUUUUUCUCUCUUUCUCUCUCCAGUCAUUUAUUUUUAGACCACAGCUGUGUAAAUUGCUGCUUGAGGAAAAUGUUUACCUGUUUAAUGUUGGGAAACGGGAGUUGUGUUUUAUAAAAUAUGAAUGAUGAAUUACAAUCAUGUUGAUUAAAUAUUUUUCUAAAUGGGAAGCC